AUGGCCUUCGCGGCCAUCCUUGCCGAUGGAUCAAUCGUUGCCUGGGGCGAUGCGAGCUCGGGUGGCGACUGCAGCGCUGUUCAGCACAAGCUGAAGGAUGUGCAGCAGAUCCAAGCCAGCGGCGAUGCGUUCGCUGCAAUUCUUGGUGAUGGGUCCGUCGUCUCUUGGGGCACCACCGGCUUUUCCUCGAAUUCUGUGCCAGACGACCUGAAGAACGUCAAGCAGAUCCAGGCUGCGUAUAAUGCUUUUGCUGCGAUCCUGGACGACGGAUCUGUGGUGACCUGGGGAGAUCCGCGAGCAGGUGGAGCCUGCGACGAUGUGCGCGACCAGUUGAAGGACGUGCAGUCGGUACAGGCAACGCAUGCAGCCUUUGCAGCUCUCCGUGCAGACGGCUCGGUCGUAACCUGGGGCGAUCCCGGGGCUGGUGGAGACAGUACAGCUGUGCAGGGCAGAUUGAAGAACGUGCAGCAGAUUCAAGCCUCUGGCGGUGCAUUUGCCGCCAUUCUGGGUGACGGGUCCGUUGUCACUUGGGGGCCUGAGCUGCAUGGCGGUCGUUGCGAAGCCGUGGAGGAGCAGCUGAAAAACGUGCAGCAAAUCCAGGCUUCAAGCGGCGACUUCGUGGCCGUGCUGGCAGAUGGAUCGCUCAUUCGCUGGGGCGUUUCCGGUUCCAGCACACUGCUGGAGGGCGCACCUCCCACCACUUCGGCGUAG